CCCGCCCCCCGGCUACUCCACACAACGCACCGCGACGCCGGCUCCCCCCACUGCGCGCGACGCGACGUGACGCACGGCAAGCUGUUGCAGCGCUGCCCCGCGGAGAGCGGAACGGAGAGGGAGGGGAAGUGCAGUGCAGUGCCGUGCCGCACCGCGCGAGCCGAGAGAGCUAGCGGGCUGGGCGACAUGCCGGCGGGCGGCGUGUUCUCCGGGUCGGUGAACCUCAAGUACGUCAAGCUGGGGUACCAGUACCUGGUGAACCACUUCCUGACGCUGCUGCUGGUGCCGGUGAUGGCUGCCACCGCGCUGGAGCUGGGGCGCCUGGGCCCCGGCGAGCUGCUCUCGCUGUGGCGGUCGCUGGAGCUCGACCUCGUCCACAUCCUCUGCUCCGCCUUCCUCGUCGUCUUCGUCGGCACCGUCUACGUCAUGUCGCGCCCCAGGCCCGUGUACCUGGUGGACUACGCCUGCUACAAGCCCCCUGCCAGCUGCCGGGUGCCCUUCGCCACCUUCAUGGAGCACACGCGCCUCAUCAGCGACGACGAGAAGAGCGUGCGCUUCCAGACCAGGAUCCUCGAGCGCUCGGGGCUCGGCGAGGACACGUGCCUCCCGCCCGCCAACCACUACAUCCCGCCCAACCCCAGCAUGGAGGCCUCGCGCGCCGAGGCGCAGCUCGUCAUCUUCUCCGCCAUCGACGACCUCGUCCGCCGCACGGGCCUCAAGCCCAAGGACAUCGACAUCCUCGUCGUCAACUGCAGCCUCUUCUCCCCGACGCCGUCGCUCUCCGCCAUGAUCAUCAACAAGUACAAGCUCCGCAGCAACAUCCGUAGCUUCAACCUCUCCGGCAUGGGAUGCAGCGCCGGCCUCAUCUCCAUCGAUCUCGCCCGCGACAUGCUCCAGGUGCACCCGAACUCGAACGCGCUCGUGGUGUCCACGGAGAUCAUCACGCCCAACUUCUACCAGGGCACCCGGCGCGACAUGCUGCUGCCCAACUGCCUCUUCCGGAUGGGCGCGGCGGCGAUCCUGCUGUCCAACCGGCGCCGCGAGGCCCGCCGCGCCAAGUACCGGCUGGUGCACGUGGUGCGGACGCACAAGGGCGCCGACGACCGCGCGUACCGGUGCGUGUACCAGGAGGAGGAUGACCAGGGGUACUCGGGCAUCUCGCUCUCCAAGGAGCUGAUGGCCAUCGCCGGCGACGCGCUCAAGUCCAACAUCACGACGAUCGGCCCGCUGGUGCUGCCCAUGUCGGAGCAGCUGCUCUUCUUCUUCCGGCUGGUGGGGCGCAAGCUCAUCAACAAGAGCUGGAAGCCCUACAUCCCGGACUUCAAGCUGGCGUUCGAGCACUUCUGCAUCCACGCCGGCGGCCGCGCCGUGAUCGACGAGCUGCAGAAGAACCUGCAGCUGUCGGCGCGGCACGUGGAGGCGUCCCGCAUGACGCUGCACCGGUUCGGCAACACGUCCAGCAGCUCGCUCUGGUACGAGCUCGCCUACAUCGAGGCCAAGGGCCGCAUGCACCGAGGUGACCGCGUCUGGCAGAUCGGCUUCGGCAGCGGGUUCAAGUGCAACAGCGCCGUCUGGAAGUGCCUCCGCACCAUCAAGACACCCACCAACGGGCCCUGGGACGACUGCAUCGACCGCUACCCCGUCGACGUCCCGGAGGUCGUCAAGCUGUGACCGACGAGCGAGCUCGACCGCCGCCGCCGCCGCCGUGGUGUACCUGUACGUCCCGCGAAGCAUUUCGCUUAAAAAAAUUGGAGCUUUGUGCUUUUUUUGUUCUCUUCUCUUCCUUUUUUUUGUCAAUUAAAAGGGGGUAAAAAUCCAUACUUUGGUCGCUGGAUGUGUCACACAAGGAAUGAUCAUCACAGGAGAUUAAAUUAGUUGUUGUUGGAAAAUUGGAUGUUAGCGUGGGGCAUUCUGUCAAAAACUGGCCUAGGCCAAGGAUUGGGCGAUUUGGACUUGGAUGGGAAGGAAACCGAGCACUUGUAAAUUGUAAUCCAUGCUGUAACUGGUGAAAGGGAUACCUGCAUUCUCCUGAUAGUUAUUGGAGCCCUUAUCUGUGCUUGUUAA